UAUACCGCUUCCGGGUCACCGGGGUCAGCGGCGCUUGAGCUUCCGGGGGCGCUGCUGGAGGGCGCGCGGGCCGGGGUCGACGCCGGGUCGGUGAGCGAGGCUGGGGCGGCGGCAGCGGCGGCGGCGGCAGGGGACGGGCAAGGCUCGCCCUGCGGUGCGGGGUCCGCUCCGUCUGGCCUCCGCGGGCGGCGGAGGCGGCACCGCCGGGGAGGGGCGCUGGUGGGGCUGGUGGUGAGCGAGAGGCGACCCCUGGGACCCCCGCAUGGGCUGGGCUCGCUUGGCGGUGCGACAACCCCCAGCACUACCACCACCUCUGGGAGGCCUCUGUGGGCUCCAGCUCGCCUCUUUCCCAACCGUUCGUUUCCAUGCCCAAAAAUGUCUGCCACAACAACAGCAACAAUUGUUGUUGUUUAGUUGUGUCUGACUCUUCAUGACCCCAUGGACCAGAGCACGCCAGGCACUCCUGUCUUCCACUGCCUCCCGCAAUUUGGUCAGACUCAUGUUUGUAGCUUCGAGAACACUGUCCAGCCAUCUCGUCCUCUGUCGUCCCUUUCUCCUUGUGCCCUCCAUCUCAGGGUCUUUUCCAGGGAGUCUUCUCUUUUCAUGAGGUGGCCAAAGUAUUGGAGCCUCAGCUUCAUGAGCUGUUCUUCCAGUGAGCACUCAGGGCUGAUUUCCUUCAGAAUGGAUAGGUUUGAUCUUCUUGCAGUCCAUGGGACUCUCAAGAGGCUCCUCCAGCGCCAUAAUUCAAAGGCAUCAAUUCUUCGGUGAUCAGCCUUCUUUAGGGUCCAGCUCUCACUUCCAUACAUCACUACUGGGAAAACCAUAGCUUUAACUAUACGGACCUUUGUUGGCAAGGUGAUGUCUCUGCUUUAAGAUGCUGUCUAGGUUUGUCAUUGCUUUUCUCCCAAGAAGCAGGUGUCUUUUAAUUUCGUGACUGCUGUCACCAUCUGCAGUGAUCAUGGAGCCCAAGAAAGUAAAAUCUCUCACUGCCUCCAUUUCUUCCCCUUCUAUUUGCCAGGAGGUGAUGGGCCCAGUGGCCAUGAUCUUGUUUGUUUUUUUUGUUUUUGUUUUUUUUAUGUUUUCAGACCAUAUUUUGCGCUCUUCUCUUUCACCCUCAUUAAAGGGUUCUUUAAUUUCUCCGCACAGCAACAGUACAACAACAGAAAUCCCGCCAAGCUUCUGUGUUGUGCGUACAGAGAUCUAGAUGGUUAGAGAGAGAGAGGUAUUCAAAAUGUACAUGGGCGUAGGCAGGGAGGGCAUCUCCCCCCAUCAAAUAAAAAUAAAUAAAUGCUUAAUUUUGAAAUUGUAGAAAGAUUUUGGACAGGUUUUUCUGAGCACUUGGAGUCUAAAGAAAGUAAUGUAAAUUAACUGUUGUUGUGAGAGUUCAUUCCAAAUCUGCUAGACAGAGCCAGAUAGAGGAUGAUGACAGGUGGUGGUCCUGUCCCCCCAACAUAAAUCCUGGCUACACCCAUGAAAAUGUAUAUCCUUAUAUGUCAAGUUAGAUAGGAAGCCUGCGUGUGAGGCGAGGGUAUGUGGCAAUUAAGCAGCUUGCAUUGAAAUGCAAAAGGUAAUGCAGAGGCAGUGCUUCUUAAUUCAAAACCGCAAGAGAGUCUUGUUGUCUCUUAAGCAUUUAUGAUGACAUGCUUUGUUUGUGUGGUCUAGAGCCCAUGUCAUCAGGUGUGUGAAGUGUUAGCCCAGGUUAGCUGGUGUAGGCACUUGGGCAUAAGCAGUGAAGUGUGAGGGAAGCAAAAUGCAAGAAUGCAAACUGACAAUUAUCUUAAAAACUUGCAUAUGUGUAAAGCACAGUGGUAGUCACAAAGAAGUGUUUGAUGAGAACACAAACAUUCUGGUGUUUGUAACCUAUUUAACAUCUGUAAUAGGAUGAAAAAGACUUGCCACAGAGACACACUGGUCCUCAAAGCUAUUCUUCAGGUGGCAUGUUAAGCUUGCUGCUGAAGAGUUCUGGGAAUCUGAAUUCUUGCUCAUUACUUUGUGAUCUUUCAGUUGGUCUUAACUGAAAGGUGUUAGUUAAUCCUACUGCUAUUUCUGAAUUGUUUUCUAAUUAACCAACAGAGCUAACUGGCACCUCAGUCCGCUUACACUAAGGCUAUUAGAAGACGUUUUAUGUAGUAAUAUGUCAAAUGGUGUCUAAUGCAUCCCUUGCAUCAGGUCAGCAGUGAAGCAUACAUGUUUCCUAUUUUAUUAGGUGUGCAUCUCGGUAUGAGCAGUGAUACAUGGCAUGCAUGUAAUGUGUGACAGGGAAGGGAUGCAUCACGCAUUGUGACUAAAGUGCUUUCACUCAGAAUACAUUCAAGAGUUAUAGGCAGGCAGUACAGCUGUCUGGGAGCUGGCAGAACUAGGCUGCUGAAUGCUUCUUGUUUGUUUCUCGUGGCAUGAUAGCUAUUCCCUUGCAGCACACCUUUUGGGAAUUAGUGGUUUAUUGCCGGUAUUUAUCUGUUUCAUCUAAUUCCUAAUUGGAAGGCAGUGUCAGUCACAGCAAUGUUCCACAGUUUCAUGUUUUUCUUGCUCCCCCUUUCUCCCCGAAAUGGGGAGUGUAUUUGUCUGCUUAGUUUACUUUCAUCUUAUAUACAACCCUCUAUAGUUCUCUUGGCCACCUGAGUUGAGUAAAAAAGAAGGAAUGCUUCUGACAGUAUUUUAUGUGUCACUGAGACUGCAGCAUCUAUCUCUAGGUUAGAUUACUGCAAUGUGUUAUAUGCCUUUAAAGAUGGCUCAGAAACUGCAGCUGUGCAGAAUUCAGUGGCCAGGUUGCUUACUGGCACAAGUAGUUUCUGGGCUCAGUUCAAAAUGCUGGUUGUGACCUAGGAAGCCUGGUGCUGCUCAGGACCUUAGUACUUCAGGGACUGCCUCUCCUCACAUGAACCAUUCUUCCCUCUGCGUUCUUCAUCUAAGGUCCUUCUCCAUGUGCCCCCUCCAAGGGAGGUGUGGAGGGUGGCAACAAGAGAAAGGGCCUUUUUAGUGGUGGCUCCCCCUUUAUGGAAUGUUCUCUCCAGGGAGGCAAGCCUUGUGCUGUCUUUGUUCUCAUAUGCUGGGCAAAAACAUUGUUAUGCAUUUGGAUCUUAAUUUUCAGCUUACAUUUUAGUGGGGUGGGACCUGUGUAUAUAGAGAUACAUACAGAUAGUUUAUGUUAGGUUGCUCAGUCCUUGUUUUUAAUGUUCAUUUUUGUAAGCUGCUUUGGGUUUCUUUUUUCUUUUUUAAAAAGCAACUAAUAAUAAUAAAGUGUGCCUGGUGCCACCCAGUUUUUCAUCUUGUUUAUAAAAACAAAUUAGUGAGAUGAUGCUUGCAUCACAGAUACUAUAACUUAAUAGCCUUGGGUGCUACUUGUACACUGACAGCUUGCAAAACUGGAGCAGAUUAUUGAAAUCAGGGUGACUUGCUGAAUUGAAUACUUUUAUUCUGGUUGCAAAAUUUGCAGGGCCUUGUCUUUUUUAAAAAAAAUUUGAAACCCUUCUAAAACGAAAACAAGAAUGAUGAAAAAGGAGCACAAUGUAUUUUAAAGGUGGCUAGUCUAGGAUGUAACACUUGCACAAUAGAUAUGAUUGCAUCAUGCAGUUUGGUUUCAUGUUUUGUUCUUCCAAACAUGCAAAUAAUGCAUCCAGAUCCUCCAUAUAAAAGGAGUUCUGUUGCCUGCUGCCACAGUGUGCCUUGAAUGUCUGCUAUUUUUUCAGUAUUGUUGCAUUGCAUAUGAACUCUGUUGAGUGUUUGGCAUGCUUAUAGCCUAGAAUGGGUUCCACACAGAUUUCUGUUGUGAAGUGACUGCCCCAAAGUCAUCCUGCAUGAGAAAAACAGUUACAGUAAUCCGCCAAAAAUAACAGAGAACAUCCAUCUAGAAUAAGCUUACCACCGGCCCCCUUCCCACUUUUAGAUGCUAGUUUCCCCAUGUAUUCUUCCAGUUCAAUAACCUUAGUUAAUCCCCAUCUUCUUAUCUUUUUCACACACUCUCUCUUGUUGUCACUCAGCUGUUUCUCGAAUGCCUUGGUACUCGUACAUUUUGGCUCCUGAAUGCCGAAAACCCAGAAGUAAGUGUUCCGGUUUCUGAACGUUCUUUGGAAGCCAAAUGUCUGACCCGGCUUCUGACUGAGUGCAGGAAGCUCCUGCAGCCAAUUAGAAGCUGCACCUUGGUUUUCAAAUGUUUCCAGGAGUCAAACAGACUCCCGGAACGGAUUAAGUUUGACAACCAAAGUACUGUACCAGUGUACUUGGCUAACCAGGUCCCUUUAGAAAGCAUACCUCAGGUCCUGAUUGUUUUAAUUAGCUGUGCACUGAACAAUUCAGAAGAGGCCAUUAAAAAAACAAACACAAAAACUCUUCCACUGCUUCUGUUUAUCUCUAGAUUAUUAUCCCUGUGGUCAGGGUCCUGUUGCUUUUAAAAAAAACAAACAGUACAAAGCCUCUAUUUAGACUUUUAGGUCCUAAAUACUGCAGGUUAUCAAUAUUGAAUUUUACAGUGCAGAACCUCCUACUCACUUAGGUUUCAGAUUCACCCAUUUUGCAGUUUGCCAUACAAACCAUAUUGGUUCACUGUGACCUCUGUUUUAUAGUAAAAAAUAUCCACCUAUUCUCUUCCCAUUGUCACAGUAACUUAUCACAGAAUGAUUUUCAGCCUUCUGUUUGUAGUGAAGUUGGGAGUAAAGUUGUACAGGUGUUGGAUGACCUGUUUCUUAGCAAGUGAAAGGAAGAUCAAUACUGUACCAAGCAAACCCACUACACACAGUGACCCAGUGUUAAUCUGUUAAAGCUGUAUUGAGUCUGACUGGCCGUCUUAAGAACUGUUGCAGCAUGUGCCUUAGUUUGUUCUAGCCAAAGUAUUAAUAUACCAGUCAAAUAAUUGGCGUUUCUAACCCACCAUUGCCCCCUUUGACUGGCUGGGGCUCUCUAAGCCUAAAGCAGAGAUAUUUCUGAGCUCUGCUCUGCUAUUUUUUCAAAAAUUAUAGCUCAAAAUGCAUAGGGCAUUGGAUUAGAAGAGGCAGUAGCAAAGUACCAGAGCACAUGCGUCAUAUGCAGAUGAUCCAAAAUUCUUCCACCAGAGCCUUCAGUUAAAUGAUCGUAGGCAGAACAAAAAACCUAUCCAGGAGACCACAUAGAGCGGCUAUUGGUCAAAAUAGACCAUGAGUGGAGACUCAGACCCUGAAUGCCUGACUGUCUGGUGCUUGGGCCUCUUCCCAGUCCAUGCCUUUUGGUAGCCCUUGGGUGCUUUUGCCCAACUGCAAUAUGUCCUUGAUGUGAUCAUGCCUCUUGCAUGCCUGGGUGAGGUAGGUUGUGGAGUAUGUGCACCUGAGUGUAUGGAAACCUCUUGGUUUUGCAUAGCUAAGUCACACCUGUUGCCCAAUCCCCUUCUUGCCUCUGGCGCCACCCACCCUGCCAUGCAAACCAUCACUUGAUGCUGCAGUAAUCUUGUGCUGGGCGAAAUGUAACAAGAUGCCAAGUCUUUUCAUAUUCACAAUUUUUAUUAUUAAUAGGUGUCGUUCCCUUGAACUUUUGUGCGCUUUCUUCCUUUUUAAAGCUUUCUUCCGCAUUUCUCUUUUGUCUCCACCACAGGCAACAUUGAGCAUGUGAAUUAACCCAAGGAAACUUGAGUUCCAGUAUGUGGUAUAUUAUGCAGAGCAUUCAGAGUAAAUAUUCUUUGUCGGAGCGCUUGAUCCGAACUAUUGCAGCCAUCCGAUCCUUCCCGCAUGACAAUGUCGAAGACCUGAUCAGGAGGGUAUGUUGGAAGACUACAGAGAUGUUUUAGCUCUGGAAGUUGUGUUUUGGAAUCUCCAAAAAACCUCUGUAUGUCUUGGUUCAGUUAUAUGGCUCAGUUACAGUCCUAGGCAGGAUUUCCUUUGGGCUGCUGUUUGUUUCACGUACACUUUUAAACCAGGGUUAAUGAGUUUAAGAAGUGGGGACCAAUCCUGUGCAUCCAUAGUAACAUAUCUUGCAUCUUUCUGCAAACUGCCUUCAGGGUGCCAGAGAGAGACACGGCUGAAUUAGUGUAACACUUUCUUUCCCCUAUGGGAUGGGACGGUAACCAUUCAUUUUAUACUUUUAUAAAAGUAAAGGAAUGCACUUGAGGCCACUAUAGCAGCAGCAGCAGUAGUAGUAGUAGUAGUAGUAGUAAUAAUAAUAAUAAUAAUAAUAAUAAUAAUAAUUUAUUAUUUGUACCCUGCCCAUCAGGCUGGGUUUCCCCAGCCACUCUGGAUGGCUUCCACAAAGACCCAAAUACACUAAGAUAGGGUGGCAUUAACCUGCUUCCUGUUCCUAGUGAACCUAGAGCAGAACAACACUGUCUGGGAAUGGCAAGCAUGGGCUGCUUUUGCUCCAUUAGAGGAGAAAGAUCUCCUUAUUUCCUUUUAACUUCUAUUUCCCCCUGCCAGAACAAAUGUGCUGUGCUGUAACUGACCACACAGAUACCAGUGGUUGAGCAUGUAAUAGACACUUGGACUGAAGUUGCGCUCUGUGAAGUAUGCAUUAUGUCAUACAGCCAAGAUACCCCAGAUCUUAGAUCAUCUGUAUAUUGUGGCCACUGCUGUAUUUUGGACUACAACCGUAGGGAUAGGAAUCCUCCUUUCUGAUGGGAGAGGUUAUGUCGGCUGUGCCUGCUUCCUAACUUGCCCUUGAUGCCUCUUAAGUGUAAAUCUAAACUACUGAAUAUUUUUAGAGUGUAUGUACAGCAGACAGCUUACAGUGAGUAGAGGCAAGUUUGGAAGAGCAUUAAAACAAUUUUACUGGCCAGAUAGCUGUUCCUUGUUGCCCAGAAAUCUGGGGGAGUCAAGAGGUGAUCCAUGUGGAUUUUGGCUCUAUAAAGGAGAAGGGAGGAUAGAUGUUAAUUUUAGUCUCAGUGUUAAAUAGUAUUGAAUAGUGUUCCUCAGGCCAGUUUAAAUGUGACAUUUCUGAUAUUCAAAAGAAUAUGUAGUCAGUCUUUAGCUCCAAAGGGCAGUGCUAAGACUACUUCAGUUUCUGAUUUCUCAGCACUUGUAGUCGCAGAGCUCCACGUUAGUUUUGAUUGAUGCUGCCAACUGCUUUGCUAUAUUAAUUCCCAGGUACUUAGUCUGCCAGAGCCCAUUAAAUGUGCUAUAAGUCAGCCUGUUGGCAAAAGAGCCCAUGGAAGCCGAUAUGGUUCUUGAUGUUUGUUUGCUAUCCUCGUUCUUCCUCUCUCUGCUGUUAAAUAAAAUAUAAGAUAGUAAUCUUUCCAGAAUGCACACGGUAACAGAGUGUUGUACAUAAAUAAAAAUAGCUAGAGGCUUGGGCCUGAAUCUGUUUGGUAAGACAGAAACACAAGGGAAGGGAAAAGAAGAGGGAGGCCUGUUUGGAGACGCCAGAGUUAAGAGAUUAGCUUUUUAAAGCAGGUGUUUGAAAAUACAGGUGGUGACCAUUUUAGGCAAGUUCAGCUGACAUGUGACCACCAUUUGGACCCAGAAUAGGACAGAAUGGGGAUGGAGCAGGCUUAUGCAUGUGGGGACCAGGAACAACCCCCCCGUGCAAAACGGUUGUCUCUAGUAUAUUAUAAUUCUCUCCGGGAGAGAAGGGGGAAAGCAAGCUUUGGCUGAAGGCUGGGGUCAGCUGAUCACUUGACUAUGGCUUAUCAAUAUACUGUAUUUUUCGCUCUAUAGGAUGCACCAGACGAUAAGACGCACCUCGUUUUGGGGGGAGGAAAACAAGAGAAAAAAAAUUCUGAAUCCCAGAAGCCAGAACAGCACAGCAAGAGGGAUCUGGCUUCUGGGAUAGCCGCUGAAGCCUCUCCCGGGCAGCUGCCCUCUGUCCCUUCCCCCACCUCCCGCAAAAGCCCCCAAGAGCCGCACACACGCUAGGCACGGCUCUUUAAAGAGCGUGCGGCUCUUGCUGGCUUUUGCGGGAGGUGGGGGAAGAGACAGAGCCGCGCGCUCUGUCCCUUCCCCCCCACCUCCCGCAAGAGCCAUGGGAAGCCUCUGCAGGCCAGCGGGGAGCCUUCAGCCCCGUGCCCUGUGGAGGCUUUGCGGGGCUAUCACAAAGCCAGAAUAGCUAGAGGGAGUGCAGCGCUCCCUCUCGCGGUUCUGGCUUCUGGGAUAGUCCAUGAAGCCUCCGGAGGGCAGCGGGAUGAAGGCUCCCCGCUGCCCUGUGGAGGCUUCCUGCAGCUAAGCCAGAAGCAAAACAGUACUGCGCAGCGCUCCCUCUCCCUGUUCUGACUUAGCUGCGCAGCCUGCAUUCGCUCCCUAAGACGCACACACGGUCCCUUACUUUUUAGGAGGGAAACAGUGCGUCUUAUAGAGCGGAAAAUAUGGUACAUCUGAAGUACAAAGAAGAAAAACCCUUCCGGUUCAAUUGUCACUCAGUUCCCCUGAUUACAACCUGUGUUGCUAGCAAUAAUUUCCAUGUCAUUAAAUAUGAGCAAUCCAUACAGUUCCUUGUGACAUGAGGAGACCCCAAGAUGUGUAUGGAAACAGGCCACUGAACCUGAGCUCCUUGUCUCAUUGGCUGUGUUCUCCAUAGUAGAGUCUACAGAGGAAAGAGGAUGCAGUUCUUUACUUUCCUAGCUUCCUCAAGCAAAUGGAGUAGGCCUUGUGGGAUGCAAGUUCUCUCCCAUUUUUUAGCCACCUUUGGAAUGCUACGGCAAUAAAUAAAUAGCUGUGAGAGGAAUAAAUGUGAAGAGACUGAUAGGGAUUUGGGGUUUAGAUUUUUGGCUUAAAUCACAGAGAAGCACCAUAAAUAGGAAGUACCCCAAUGUGGUAUCACUUGCUAUUGGUUGGCAAAUGUGUACUGUGGUACCUUGGGUUAAGUACUUAAUUCGUUCCGGAGGUCUGUUCUUAACCUGAAACUGUUCUUAACCUGAAGCACCACUUUAGCUAAUGGGGCCUUGCGCCGCUGGAGCACGAUUUCUCUUCUCAUCCUGAAGCAAAUUUCUUAACCCGAGGUACUAUUUCAGGGUUAGCGGAGUCUGUAACCUGAAGCGUAUGUAACCCGAGGUACCACUGUAUUGCAAAAGUUAUUCAUGAUCCACUGAGAUCAGAAAGAAAUGAGCUGGCAGAACCUCUCUUAUUGUGAUUUCCCUAUUUGUGUUCUUCCAGGGAGCAGAUGUUAACUGUAUGCACGGUACCCUGAAGCCAUUGCACUGUGCUUGCAUGGUUGCUGACGCCGACUGCAUUGAGCUGCUCUUGGAAAAAGGAGCUGAGGUAAGAAGAGCCUAUUUAAGAACAGGUCCAGCAAACCUACUCAUAUAUGACAGAUGUGAGGGGGGUUGUAGAGCACUUCUGAAUGUUCAAAGGGGUUCUUAUAUGUUAUCCUUGUGAUAGACCCCCCCCCACACAUCCUGAUCACAGUAUUACAUACCACACAACUAGAUUGAGACAUAUUCCUUUAGAUGCAAGAGCUUGGAGGGGGGGAAACAGGGUUUUAUGUGUUUUCAAAGCGGUUUGCCUUCUGGGGGCUGAGGUUGAGUGGUAAUGAAAUGUGCCAUUUGGGAAUCUUAGGGUCAAGCCCUCUUGGGCAUAGUGAAUGGCUUGCACAGUUGUUAGGAUCCUGACCAUUAUUUUGAAUAGGUGGCUGGAGUUUAGCUCUCUGGCUCAAAAAUUAUUUGCCUGAUUGAUUGACAUGGCCCAGUUUAUUCCUGUGCCAGUUUGAUCAUCUGUUGAAUUAUGGUCAGUCUGGGUUUUUUUUGGGGGGGGGGUGUUGCUGCCCCUCAGUAAUAGUCACAUUCUCUUGUGUUUCAGCAUUGCCUUUAAUUUUGACAAAAGUUUUUACAGGUAGGAAAAUGACAAGGCACGAGACCAAAUGUGUCAUCGUCAUCAUUAUCAUCAUCAUCCUGGGUUUUAGAAUUCCUAAAAUGAGAAUAUAAAAAUAAGAUUAUCAAAUCUCAGUGGCUUUUAGGUUUGUAUCCAAAAAGCUGUCUAUAAAUAAAAGGGCUCCUUCUGUCCACAGAAGGCUUUUAUUUUAUUUAAUUUAUAAAAUGUAUACACCAUUUGAAUGUAAAAAAAAAAACACCACACAAAAAUCCCAGUUCAGAGAUCCUGGUGGUAAAGUAAAGGGAAUAGAUUUUUUUCCAUUCCCCCCUGCAGCAACUCCCUGUCCUCUCUGGUGUUACAUCAUUUCAGAGCAGACAUUUGAAGGGCACAAGGGGAAUUAUUCAAAGUCAACUUCCUCUGCCUUCUGCUGUCAGGAAGAAAGUCUGGAUCCAAGUUAAGUUCUCAAGGAAUUAGUGAAAUCACACAAGUUGCCAUCCUCGUACGGAGCUUAAAGCCUGGAGAACGUAGUAAUCUUGCCUGUGCUGGAUUACAACAACCCUUCAUCUCCUCCAGCAUUCUUUCUUUGACAGUGGUUAGUUAAAUAGCAUCCCUCCUGAAUCACUGUUGUGCACUGCUUAGAAACUGCAGUGGCGGAAGUAUUUAAAUAAAUAUUGGCCCCUGAAAUCUCACACACAGAGCAAGAUGGGAGAUGGCCGUCCCCUUUUUGUUUGCUGUUUCUAAAAAAUAAGGGCCAGAGCAGCAGCAUGAUACAGUGGUACCUCGGGUUACGAACUUAAUUCGUUCUGGAGGUCCUUUCUUAACCUGAAACUGUUCUUAACCUGAAGCACCACUUUAGCUAAUGGGGCCUCCUGCUGCCACUGCACCACCACUGCACAAUUUCUGUUCUCAUCCUGAAGCAAAGUUCUUAACCCGAGGUACUAUUUCUGGGUUAGCGGAGUCUGUAACCUGAAGCGUAUGUAACCUGAAGCGUAUGUAACCCGAGGUACCACUGUACUUGAGAGUUUUCUUUUGAGAUCUGCUUCAGAGGAAAGUCGUUGAAUGGGUCUGGUAUUAGUGGAUCAUGGGACAAGUGUUUUGGCUCAUGGGGAUUGCAGUGGAAUUAUUCCACUACCCAUCUUUCUUAGCCAAGUUUUGGGUCAUUUUCCUCUUGCCGAUAAUAAACUCCAAACACAUGAAGAAUCCCGUCUCUGCUUUUUCAGGUCAAUGCCCUUGAUGGCUACAACCGAACAGCACUUCACUAUGCAGCGGAAAAGGACGAGACCUGCGUAGAGAUCCUAUUAGAAUACGGGGCAAAUCCCAAUGCACUGGACGGCAACAAAGACACGCCACUGCAUUGGGCCGCCUUCAAGAACAAUGCUGAAUGCGUCCGAACACUCUUAGAAAGCGGCGCCUUUGUCAAUGCUCUGGAUUACAACAACGACACCCCCCUGAGCUGGGCAGCCAUGAAGGGAAACCUGGAGAGUGUGAGCAUCCUUCUGGAAUACGGGGCAGAGGUCCGGGUGGUCAAUAUGAAGGGGCAGACCCCGAUUUCGAGGUUGGUUGCCCUGCUGGUCAGAGGACUCGGCACCGAGAGGGAAGACUCCUGCUUCGAUCUCCUCCACAGAGCCGUAGGACACUUUGAGUUGCGGAAGAACGGCACGAUGCCCCGCGAAGUCACGCGGGAUCAGCAACUCUGCGAAAAGCUCACCACCCUGUGCUCCGCCCCGGGCACCUUAAAGACGCUCUCGCGCUAUGCUGUGCGCCGCAGCCUGGGAGUCCAGUUCCUGCCAGAUGCAGUGAAGGAGCUCCCUCUGCCAGAAUCUCUGAAAGAGUAUGUGUUGCUUAAAUGACAGCUAAAGCCUCGCAAGGCUCUGUUAAGAGCUCACUUUGGUUGACUUACUUUGCAGCUCCUUUCCUGGUGCUUUCAACUGACUGUAGCAGUGAUAUGAAGUAGGUUUUUUUUUGCAGAUCAGUGUGUAACCGCACAGGGGAUACUGGUUCUGACAUUGGCUGGUGGUUUCCCUUAGUUUCUCAUUUUUCCCCUUCUUUUCUUCACUGAGAGAGGCUGGAAGGUGCUUGAGAAAGAACCCUGCUCUUCGCCUCCUGCAGCAGUUCUUCCCUGAAUUCCUAGAUCUGAUUUCUCCUGAGAAUCUUUUGCACAAAGGGAAGGUGGAGCUACGUAUCAGGCUGGAGGAGGAGGUGGUGGGGAAGGCACAAAAGCCGAAUUAUUGGUGACCUUCCUGCUUCUAGCAUUACACUCUUGAGUCAGCAGGCCUGUCUUGCUAUUUCAUUUUCUGCUGCAAGGUAAAGUGGCUUGAUGGAUUGGAACAAUGGCAGCCCUUCUCUGUUACACUGCCUCCUUUGUGUCUCUCCUAUCCACUCAUCAGAUUGGCAGGAGAGGGAGAAUUCUCUCCAAAGUAGUGGAUCAUGUUUUGAUACUUUGGCCAGAUCUUCAUGUGCAGCAGAAUGAAAUUCCACCACAAAUCCCAAGGUGGUAGUGGACUGUCUCACUUCAGACUGUAGGUGGAGAAUAUGAUUUGUGAAUGGUCCUUGGCUGGGAGUCAGGUUGAGGAACCAAACCCCUGCAAGUAGAAAGCAAACGCCUCAGGGCAACAAGUUCUUCAGCAGUCCUUUAUUUGCUGUCCGAAUGUAAAGUGAUAAUGUAAAGCAAAAGCAGUGUGCAGGUUCAAACCGACAUUCUGAGAUGAUAAUCUUCCUUUUAAUCAUGUUCUCCUGCAUGUUUAGAUCCACCUUUCAUCGGGGAAGGGUUCAGCUGAGCCCCAGAAAGCAGGCCAGUCAGACUAAAUCACAGUGAGUUUUUUCUUUAAAAAGUCAAGUAGCAAGAUAGGUACAAGAAGUACAUGUAUGAGAUUUGUACCCUGAAUGAUAAGGAAGUUGGUUGCUGUCUACAUAGUGUGCUCAUGUAUCUUGUUUAUGGCUUUAGAGCUUAGUAAGUAUAUUCUUCAGUCUCCUUGCAGUUUGAAAGUGGGUCUCAGCGCCCUCUGUUGAGCCUCAUUGAACUACAGUUCCCAUCAUCCCUGGCCAUGCUUGCUGAGGCUGAUGAGAAUUGUAGUUCAGCAACAUCUGGAGGGUCAUAGGUUUAUAGCUAUUCAGUUAAUUUCUGGUUUGCUGUCACAUUACUCAAUUUCAGCUGUGCUUUACUGUGUUUUCCUUAAUUAGCAACAGAGUGUUCACGGGGUAAGGGGUAUUUUAGUCCUUAAAACACUGCUGCAUUCAAAAAAACCUCUAAAGGUUUCAAGGUGUUUCCAUCAAACACAGGUCCCUUUAGUGUCCAAGCAACAGUAAAAGUUUAUUACUACCUGCAGCUAUGAAUUCUGCAUUUAUUUACAGCAAAUUGAUUAGAGGACAGAAGCUACAUCUGAGCCCACGUGCUGUCGCAAAUCUCCCAAGGUUUUGGACCAGCUUUUGUUUGCUCAGUCCAGUUCUUAAACUCCGAUAGCUGACACACAGGGUUUUCCCUGAUUGUAAAAUUAUAGCUAUAUUUCAAUUUUAGGAUAACCUAAUUUCCUUAGAUCACGGGGAAGGAUGGAUAGCCCAGUGAUACUGUUGCCUGAAGGCCCAGCUCCUUCUACUUUCAGCCAAGGCUUAAAAAUGAAAUGAAAUUUUCUGAGGAUAGGAGAUGCUUCUAGGAUUCCCUUACAUCCCUCAGGAUAUUGCUGUUGGUUGGGUAGGGAGUGUGAACUAAUUCUGAGCAGUGAAUGUAUCCAACUGGGCACCGUUAAAUUUCAAGGCAGUGUGGGAUUGCUCUAAUCACUUGGUAAAAUGAACAGUGUCCUAAGCCGUGAGUCGGGUGGUUAAAAGGCUGUUUCAUAUAAGGAGAGCCAUAACCUUAUAUGGAGAUGUAGUUCUUUCCAUUCACAGGCAAUCCAGAAACAUUGCACCAUACUUUUAAGAACCGAAAUCAUGUCUUCCUUAUAACAGUGGCAAUGCAGUUGCCAUCCACUCUGGGAACACCUCUCUCCCAUUGAGUUAAGCCUACCUGAGUACAUGCUGGACAGUCAUAAGCCACAUAUUGGGAGGAACAAAUCAUGCCAUGAGCUCAAAAUUCCCUUUGCCCAAGUGUUUGGUUGCUAUGGAGGAAGAAGGUUCAUUAGGUGAGCAAAUAACUUGUGUGGAGUAUUAAAAGUUUGCUAAUUAAAAAUGGUGGUAUAGAAGCAAUUUA